AUGCGUAAGGAUGGUCUCGAUGUGGACGACCUGUUCCGGUGCUCCCGACACGACGAGUCUCAACGGAUUGUCCAGAAACUGGAAAAGCACUGGAAUAACGAGCGCAAAAAAAAGUCGCCCAAAUUCUGGAGGGCCUUAUUCAUGACAUACGGAAAAUACUAUAUACUGCCCCUGUCCAUAUUUAUAUUCGAGGAAUGUGUGAUACGUAUAGGUCAGCCCCUACUACUCGGUUUCGUGAUUGACUAUUUCAGCAAGACAGAAAAUCGCACCUACGAACAGGCAUGUCUAGCAGCCGGUGGUGUGUGUUUUUGUUCAGCCCUGUUCGUAUCGCUACACCACCCGACCCUGGUGCUAGUCAUGCAAAUGGGUAUGAGAUUACGCGCCUCCUCCUGUACUCUCAUGUAUAAAAAGUCGCUUAAACUGAGCCGGGCAUCCCUGGGCAAGACCACGGUGGGCCAGAUUGUGAACCUAAUGUCCAAUGAUGUCAACCGUUUCGAUGAGUUUUCCAUAUUUGUCAGCUAUUUCUUCAUAGCGCCCAUACAAACGGCAAUAACCGUGUAUAUCAUGUAUACCGAGUUGAGUUACUAUUGCUUCGUAGGUGUGGCCCUAUUGCUGCUGUUUAUACCGUUUCAGGCGUUUAUGGGCAAACUUUUCUCGAAAGUCAGGCUAAUGACCGCUCAGUUAACGGACAGUCGACUGCGGCUUAUGAAUGAGAUUAUAUCGGGGAUGCGAGUCAUCAAAAUGUAUGCCUGGGAGCAGUCAUUUGCCGAACUGGUGGACACCGCUAGAAAGAGCGAGGUACACCGCAUACGGAGAGCAUGUUUUCUAAAAGCUAUCAAUUUGUCAGUAUUUUUUGUGGCCUCCCGUAUAAUACUGUUCGCGUGUUUUAUAACAUACGUGUUGACCGGGAACCUAUUGACCGCCAAAGCCGUGUUCGUCACAAUGGCCCUGUUUAAUACCCUGCGUAUCACAAUGACCUGGCUAUUCCCACAGGCCAUUGCACUGGGCGCUGAGCUACUGGUGUCGUGCGGCCGGAUACAAACUUUCCUGGAGUUGGAGGAAAUGGAUUUGAAAGCAAUUAAUGCUACAAAUGUACGGUUGAAUACUUCAGGCAAACAAACGCCUGAACUGUCGAUCAAUAAUAUUAGCGCCAAAUGGAGUGAAGACAGUCCGUAUCCAACCCUUCAGAAUAUAUCCGUACAUUUAAGAUCCGGAGACUUGUUAGCAGUUAUUGGACCGGUAGGCGCUGGAAAGAGUUCAUUUUUGAUGACAAUUUUAAAAGAACUACCGGCGCUCGAGGGGACCAUACAAACGGUGGGCACUAUUAGCUAUGCCUCACAAGAGCCCUGGAGUUUCAAUAAUAGCGUCAGAAAUAACAUACUGUUUGGCAGUGAAUACGAUGAGCACCGGUAUAGACAGGUAGUCCAUGUCUGUGCUCUGGAAAGGGAUCUCCAGAUAUUCCCCUUCGGAGACAAGACCUUAGUCGGAGAGAAAGGGGUCUCA